CGGCCCCGGGCGCAGGGGCGGGGGCGCCCCGGGAGGGAGGCGGGCGCGGGGCUCCUUGGCCCUGCGCGCCGGGAUCGAGGCAGGAGCAGCCCCAGCUGGGGAGGGUCCCUGCGGCCUCAGCAACGGAUGGAGUCACGGGUGGGCACCCACUCCUCCUCGUCCCCCCAGAUCUAGGGGUCACGUCCCCCUCGGGCAGUGCCGGGGAGGGGCGAAAGUGAAAGCGCUGGGUGUCUUCCCCUGUGCUCGGAAAGGCCUUCCCCUUCCUUUCUCUGGUAGCUUCCUCUCUCCCUGCCAGCCUUGAGGUGCGCAGAGCCUGUCCCGUGCGCGGAGGCCUGUCCCCUGCCUAGCUUGCCCCCUUGCCCAGGUCGCUGAGCCCCAGCGGGGUCUGGAAGGCAGAGCCCGGGCAUGCAGGGGCCAGGACUGGACAGGCCGGCUUCCCCCCUGCAGCCAGCCCCUCUGCACGCUGUGCGGGCUCUCCCUGGCAGGGGAAAUUCCAUGACCACCAAGAUGGUUUUCCUACUGGCUGGGGAACAGGAAGGUGUGGUGACCGAGGUAGCCCCCCACUUUCACUUCCAGUGGGAAGAUCUCCACUAGCACCAACUUUAUGGAAAGGAGGGACUCCUCCCUAGCUUGCUCCUGCAGCCAUAUGGCUGAGGGCAAGCAAAACUCAGGGGUAUCCAAACCCCAAGCCUCCGGGCUUGGGCUUGCAUGUAGGAUGCCCGCCAAAGGGUUUGGAAGCAUCUGAAGCCUCAGGUGGGGGUGAAGGAUGCUUGCCGGUAGCAGGGCCAUAUAUGGUUCUUGAAUAACUCACAGAUUUGGAAUUGAUUUGACUUGGGACACAAAAAAUUUUCCUUAAACCCCCAAAAACAUGGAGCUCUGGGAGGGACUGUACCUCAUGGAGACAUACAGCUUCAUGCUGCCUGUCGUGCUUGAAGUUAUACUGGGAGGGCCACCCACUGUCUUGCUUCCAGGACUAGAAAGCUAGCUGUCGCUUGUGAGCACUGGAGUAGCUAAAGAAGUCUGUUCACCCCUUCUUUCUGAAAGAGCAUGAGAAGCGGGAUGUUAGGGUAUUAGCUUAUUAGCUCUCACCGGCACCUACCCUGUGACAGGCUUUUCACCAACGGGAUCAAAGAUUAAGAAGUCUACUGGUGUAUCGAGAGGACUGUACCCCUCUCCUGCUGGUCUGUCCCUCUCCUGAACCUGUCAGAGAGGGUUUUCUUUAACUCCUGGGUUGUUCCAUCAUUUUUCGAAAACCCCUGAGGUUUUUAUAUUUGGAAACACUCGGUAUUUGUUUCUGUACCAGGACUGUGGCUUUUGUGAUUGCUCUGAGAGAAGUAUUUAUUUUUACUGAACUUCACAAAAGUGGCAGAAAAUGAAUACUGCAAAGUAACUGAAAUGUAGGCAGGCUGCAAACAUUAUAUAUGUGUACAUGUGUAUGUUUCUAUUUAAUGGACAACCAUGAGACUACCCAUUUGGUUUUCUCAGAAGACAAGCAAACCUGAAACAUGCUGUGUGCAUUCAACUUUUUCUGUAAUUCUGAUGUAUAGAUUCUUUGGCAGUUUCUCUUUAAAAUAAUGUAUUUGUUCAGCAACUGCUACCUGGCACCCAGAAAAAAGGAUGAACUUUAUUUUCCUGCAACAAUUAAAACCUUUUGUUGUAAUUUGUUUAGUUUCUUUUCCUUUAAAGGACUGAGAAUAAAAAUCCUACCGGAAAGAAAUACAGAUUCUAUAUUCAUUAGAGACACUUUCCAUUUUGUUUUUAGAUAGUUCCCUCCCCUCACCAGCCUUAUAUUCUAUAAUGCUGCAAACUCUUAUUUGCACAUGACUAUCAUGUGUCUAACUUUGAACUACUAACCCAUUUUAUAAAUGUACUCACCAUUCCCAUAAACUUUCUCAGAAUGCCCUGUGUGUGGUGUAUCAAAUCCCUUCCGGACUGACCCCAGAAAGUGAGGAAAGGAUCAGGAAAGAAUUCUGGAUACAUGCGGGCUUCUCAUUGUUCAGAGAUGGGGUAGGGUUUAGGUGGGGAUGUUUGUCAAACAGUUUAUUCAUACGCUUACAGGGGUAUGGUUUCAAUCACCUGCCCAAAUAUGUGGAAAACAAAUGUGCUUACACUCUGCAGCUAAGAAUGAGAGGUAUCAGGCACUGAUGCAGGUAAUUAAGUGCAUGUGUAUUCUGUAGGAGGUUUGGCCUAGAUUUUACAACGAGGCCUGUGGUUUCUGUGGUGGUGCAGUGCUAGCUUCUGCAGUGAACUGAUAAUUCUGUAAAAAAAGAUUUCUGAAUUUUUAAAUGCUAUUGUUAGGCACAUGUCAACAUCCUGCUGAGAUGAGUUCACUUCCAUGGUGUAAUUAAUGGCAGGGUAGAGAUGCAGGUUAGUAAGCAGAGACUAAAUGAAUCAGAGAUACAUAGGCAGCAGGGGUUUAGGUUGUAGCCGUGUUGGUCUAAGGAUAUAGGUUCCUUGGGUGAAUUUGAUAUCUUUUAUUAGACCAACCUAAAUGGUUGGAGAAUAGUUAUUAAGCAAGCUUUCGGGUUCAAAAACCCUUCGUCAGGCUAAGGAAGCUGCAGCAGUUGGUGUGUGCUCUUCCUGGAUGGAAUGAAAAGUAAACAAGCCCGGGGCUGGGCUGGGCUGGGCUGGGGAGUCAGUUGCCAGGCAGAUUGUAAUGUAUCAAAAAUCCAAUGUCUAUGUUUAGUCCCUGAUCUCUAGUAUCCUGCAGGUUGAUACCUAAGCUUUCAUGAGCAAGAGCUCAUUUCCUCAGAUGCUCUCAGUAGCAUUUAAAAAUUCAGACAUUUUAAUUAUUUGUUGCUGGUAAUUGUUUUAGAAAGAUACAGAGGUGAUCAAUAGUGGUUGGUGAUUACUUCAAGUGUAAUUGUGAAAUAUUAAGAUUGAUAAACAGGAUCAUUUUCUUGCCUUGCUAAGCAGGUAGUGUAUGUGAAGCACAUGUACCUUCCUUCUUAAAGGGAAUCUGAGGAAUUCCUUCUGUUGGAGGGAAUCUCCAUCUACAAGCAGUGUAGAAGAACAAGAGCAUAUGUACUUAUUCUGACAUUCAAGAAGGCCACUGAAAACAGCCAGCCAGAGGCAUCAGCCUUCUCCAAAAACAAAUGGCAGCAAACAGAUCCUCUCAGCUAAACAAUGCUGUCAAAUCUCUUUCAAUAGAGAGAGUGCAGCAGCUGUUGAAAGAAGGUGCAGAUGUCAAUGCUAAGGUAGAUUAUGGCUGGACACCUCUGCUUACUGCUGUACAGGCAGAUAAUGAAGAGAUGGUUCAGCUUCUUUUGGACCAUGGUGCUGAGCCAUGUCUCCGGAAGGCCAAUGGUGCUACACCCCUUAUUUUAGCAGGGAUAGUGGGAAAUGUGAAACUUCUGGAGCUCUUCCUUUCCAAGGGGUCGGACAUCAAUGAAUGUGAUGACAAUGGCUUCACAGCUUUCAUGGAAGCUGCUUGGCAUGACAAGGAGGAGGCUUUGAGAUACUUGUAUGAGAAAGGGGCUGAUGUGAAUUUAAGGAGGGUUGUUAACCAGGAAAAAAGGACACUGAAUAAAGGGGGGAAAACAGCCUUAAUGGAUGCAGCUAGCAGAGGCCAUUUAUCAAUUGUAAAAGCUCUUGUUGAGGAUAUGAAAGCUGAUGUGAACAUCUGUGAUAACUGGAACAAAAAUGCACUGCUGUAUGCGUGCUCAUCAGAAUCAGAUGAUUUGAAGACUAGAGAGUCUGUUGCUCAUUUUCUACUGGAACAUGGUGCUGAUGUGACCCGGAGGAAUGAAAAAGACAAAACUACCCUCAUUCUAGCAACUGAGAUGAAGAGCCAAAGUUUGGUGAAGGCUUUAUUGGAAAAGGAAGAAAUUGACAUCAAUUAUACGGAUGCAACGGGUAAAACAGCACUGACAAUAGCUGUAGAGAAUAACAAUGUUGAAAUAGCGCAGUUGCUGUGUGAAAAGGGGGCAAGGACAGACACUGGGGACCUUAUUAACAUUGCCACUAGGAACUAUAACAACAAAAUGGCAGCUCUUCUUCGCCAAUAUGAUGCCAUGGCUAUUCCAAAAGAACUUCCAGACUGGACACCCACCAGCAAACGCUGGGGAGAGCAGUUGAAGAAACUCUACACAAUGUAUCGCCCCAUGAUCAGAAAACUUAAGAUCUUUACAGACCCAAAUUACAAAAUUGGGAAUACCUCUCAAGGUGGGAUCUACCUGGGACUCUAUGAUGGGAAAGAGGUGGCUGUGAAGAGAUUCCUUGCUUGUACCAAAAGUGCUGAGCAAGAGAAAAAAUGCCUUGAAAAGUGUCAUGCCAGGAACAAUCUAGUGAUGCUCUUAGGCACUGAGGUUGAUAAAGGCUGUCUGUACUUGUGCCUCUCUCUCUGUGAGAAAAACCUUGAAGAAUACGUGAGUGCACCAGAGAAUGAAAUUAGCUGCAAACGCAUUCUUUACACAAUCUUUGAGGCAGUGGAAGAACUACACGCAUCUGGAUUUGGUCACCAGGAUUUGCAUCCACGGAACAUUUUGAUAGAUGCUGAUGGUAAAAUCCACUUGGCAGAUUUUGAUAAGACCGAAGAAUUAACUGAAGGUGAAAGCAAUCUUAUAAGAAAAGACAUGGAGGCACUCGGAAGACUGGUCCUGUAUCUUGCAGCAAAGGGUAAAGUUGUUUUUGAGGAAACCGAUAUAAAAGAUUUGGUGAUGUGUCCAGACAACAUGAAUUAUUAUGAGGAGACUGUGGAUCUUAUAAAAAAUCUAGUCUCCCCAGUUGGACGAACACUGGGAAAUUUGAAACAACAUCCCUUUUUUUGGAGCACACCGAUUAAGUACAGGUUCUUGAGAGAUGUUGGGAAUGAGGAGGACAUCAAAGUACGCAACACUAAGCAUGAAAACAAACAGAGCAAGAUAGUGAAAAUUCUGAAUCACGAUCCAGAUCCUUUCCAUGACUGGACUAAAGAGAUUGAUAAACAGGUUCUUGACAGCAUGGACAGGAGCAAGAACAAGAAAAAAAACAAGAACAAGAAUGAAAACAGGAAUGAGACAAAUAACACAAAUGACAAAAAGAAUAAGAACAGGAAUGAGAAUGAGACCGAGACCAGGAGUGUGAAUGAAUACUAUGAGAACUGCACCACAGACCUGCUGAAGUUCAUCAGGAACAUGGGGGAGCAUUUUGAAGAGAAGGAUGAAAAGGUGAAGGAAAUAAUUAAGGAGCCUGCUGAGUAUUUCACAAAAUGUUUUCCCAAACUGAUAGUUCAUGUCUACAACAUUUUACACGGUAUAAACCACACCAAACAUUUUCCAAAGAUUCAGACUCCACCUUAGCUAUAACACAUUCAAUUGCUUCAGAUUGUAUUGCCAAAACCCUUUGAUAUGCUUCUUCA